AUGUCCGCUCGCCAGGCCUCCUCAGCCUCGCAAACCCCGCACCUUUCCCCCGCCGAGCUCUCCUACAUCUACACCUCGCUCUCCCUCCCCAAUACCCCCAUCCGUCCCGACGGCCGCUCAUCAACCCAAUUCCGUCCCUUAACUGCCGAAACAGACAUCCUCCCGGGAACCAAUGGCAGCGCACGCAUCGGCUUUGCAGACGGGACGCAGGCGAUCGUCGGCGUGAAAGCGGAAGUUGAGAAGACGGUUGUUGCGGCUGAUGCGUUGGAUUUGAGGAGUAUUUCAAGACAGGCGCAGGGGGAGAGUUUGGCAAGGGAAUCUGGUGAGGAGAAAGAGAGUGGUGCUGCUGGGGAGGAUGGGACUGCUACUGGGCAGGGGUCGUGGGUGCAGAUGUCGAUUGAGAUUCCCGGGUUCAGGGAUGAUGAUGCGUUGCCCGUUUUUUUGGCGGAGAUGAUGAGGGAGCCGCUUGUGGGGAGUGUUUCUGGUGGAGGCGAAGAUGGGAAGGGGGAGGAUGGGGAGAUGGCGGGUGGGUUGAAGGGGAGGUUGGUGAUUAAUCGCCGGUGGCAUUGGAGGUUGUACAUUGAUGUGACCCUCCUCUCAACAAAACUCCCCAAACUCAAGUCCAAAGGCGAAGAAGACCCCUUCUUCGACGACGACUGGGCCGCCGCCGAAUACCUCUAUCCCCGCACCCGCACCACAAUCAACACCCCCAAACCCGCCUCCCAAAACGUCCGCCCCCCAAUAACCCUCCUUGUCCUCUCCGCCGGCGACAACAUCAUCUUCGACCCUAGCCGCGAAGAAAUUGCUGUCGCAGACUCCGUCCUUGCCGUGUCCAUCACCCGCGAUUCCGAAACUGGGGGCUUGAAACUGCUCUCCAUCCGCACUGUCGAUCCGCCGUCGAGACUAACGCAGCCUGGGGUUGCGAAUUCGGAGAAUGUGGCUACGUUGGGGUCUACGGGGGCGGCUGAGGAGGCGAGUUUGCAGCAUCCGAGUGUUGGCGGGGAGGAGGAGAUGGUGGGUGUGUGGAGGCCGAGACGGGGUGGUGUUAAGAGGGGGGUUAUUGCGAGGAUUGUGAAGAUGGUGUUGAAGAAGGGGGGUGUGGGGGAGGAGGUCUUGGAGGGGUUAGAGGGGGUUGAGGUGGGAUGA